AUGUUGCGUCGAUGUUGCCCGCGGUUCGUUUGCAGGCGGUGCAUCAAGGACAAGCGGAGCCUCUCGCAUCUGCUUCACCGCGCCAAGAAGUCCAUCGUCACACCCGAGGCUAGCACCCAGCAAAAUCAAAUGGCGUUGUCGAGCUUUGUGGCGACUCCUUCCUUCUCGAGCCAACUGCAUCUUCCGGCAUUGAGCGGCGGCGGCAUUGGCCUCAACAGCAACUCACGGCCCUCCUUCAAAAGCGGAAGUCCCACCAGCGCUUCCGCGAUCGUCGCCGCCACCGCGGCCUUCAAUGCUCCUUCCGCCACCGCGUCUCCGACCGCUGUGCGAAGUCCCGUUUCCUUUGUCCAGCAGCAGCAACAAUAUCAGCAACAGCAGCAGCAGAAGAUUCAGCAGGCACUAGCGAGUUCCCCGUACUUGCAGCAGCCUGGUGUUAACACUUCCAACGCAGCUUUGGGAGGUGGAAACUUUUCAGGGGUUCCGCUUCUCCAGAUGCCUGCGCUCAAUUCGUCGACGUCUCUCAGCAUGUCCGUGCAGCUCGCCAAUCUCAAGUCCCGAUUGGCUCUCCAGCCUGGCUCGCUCCUCGCGCAAGCCCUUCGCCUGACGCAGCAGCCAGACUUCGCGUCAGUCGCCGAUCUUCCCCUCCUCGCCAACGUGCGGAAACUCGCCAAGUCGUCAUCCCUCACUACAGCAGCAUCCGCUCCAGCUGCGGUCGGCUCUCCUCCUCACUCCUCUGCUCCCUCCGGCUGCUCCUCUCCGUCAGCUGUCGCCGCAGCCUUUUCUGGUGCGAGUGAGCCGUUCUGUGCGCGGCGGUCUUCUCUUUCCUCGUCUGGCCGUUGCCUAUCUCCCAAUGCAUCGCUUGUCGCUGCUGAUGGAAGCCAAGGCAAUGGCCGCCUUGCUCCAGUUGAGCGCAUGCCUUCGUUUGAUUAUAUCCUCGAUAACUCCUCCUCGCCCUACGCGCAAGUGCUCGCCAGCUCAAGCCUCGUGAAGCAGGUCACGGACCACACGCUGCCGGUGCAACUACGACUCGAUAUACGCAACUACGUGGUGUCCUUCCUGGCCGCCAAGGGUCCCAAGGCGGAGCCCUUUGUGACGGCGUUUCUACUGCAGCUGCAGCCCUUUCUCUACUGCAGCUGCAGCCCUUUCUCUACUGCAGCUGCAGCCCUUUCUCUACUGCAGCUGCAGCCCUUUCUCUACUGCAGCUGCAGGCCUUUCUCUACUGCAGCUGCUGUGUCGGGUCUCAAGAAGCUUUUCUCCUUCCUUCCUUAUGGGUUUUGUUUUUGUGUGUGGGUCCGGUUUCUCCUUCCAGGCAACUAUGUGGCGUCUUUCCUGGCCACUAAGGGUCCCAAGGCGGAGCCCUUGGUGACAGCGUUUCUACUGCAGCUGCAGCCCUUUCUCUACUGCAGCUGCGGCCCUUUCUCUACUGCAGCUGCAGCCCUUUCUCUACUGCAGCUGCAGCCCUUUCUCUACUGCAGCUGCAGCCCUUUCUCUACUGCAGCUGCUGUGUCGGGUCUCAAGAAGCUUUUCUCCUUCCUUCCUUGUGGGUUUUGUUUUUGUGUGUGGGUCCGGUUUCUCCUUCCAGGCAACUACGUGGCGUCUUUCCUGGCCACUAAGGGUCCCAAGGCGGAGUCCUUCGUAACGGCAUCUCCGGGUCCCAAGGCGGAGUCCUUCGUAACAGCGUCUCUGGUGCAGCUGCUGUGCCGGAUCUCAAAGCUUGGGUGGUACGACGACGAGCGGUUCAGAGACAUCGUGGACGAAUGCACCAAGUUCCUCGCACAGGUGCUUGUGUGCUUGCAGGUGUGCUUGCAGGUGUGCUUGCAGGUGUGCGUGCAGGUGUGCGUGCAGGUGUGGGUGCAAGUGUGCUUGCAGGUGUGCGUGCAGGGCACAGCGGAGCAUUUCUUCCUAGGGCUCAAGAUUUUCAACCAGCUCGUGGCAGAGAUGAACCAGCCUAGUCCAGGCCGGUCCCUAACCUUCCACCGCAAGACAGCCUGCUCCUUUCGAGACCUGGCGCUCUUUGCCAUCUUCCAGAUCUCCCUCACCAGCCUCAGACAGCUGCAGUCUGACGCUGAGGGCGUAAGCAGUCUCCCUGGCGCUGCGCUGCCUCUCCCUCAUCCUCACUAUCACCUCCCUCGUCCGUUCUUCACUUCCAUCAUCCCUCUCACCUCCUCCCCUCCAGCCGAUGAGAAGCUGAGGGCGGAAGCGGUAUCCCUGGCGCUGCGCUGCCUCUCGUUCGACUUUUUCGGGACGUCAUUGGACGAGAGCUCAGAGGAGCUGGGAACCAUCCAGGGCGGAAGCAGUCUCUCUCGCCUGCGCUGCCUCUCCUUUGACUUCGUGGGGACGUCACUGGACGAGAGCUCAGAGGAGCUGGGAACCAUCCAGCUGAGGGCGGAAGCGGUAUCCCUGGCGCUGCGCUGCCUCUCGUUCGACUUUGUCGGGACGUCACUGGACGAGAGCUCGGAGGAGCUGGGAACCAUCCAGGUGCCGUCGUCGUGGAGGGCAGUGCUGGAGGACACGGCCACCAUGCAGCUCUUCUUCGACUACUAUGCGGCCACCAAGCCCCCGCUCUCCAACCAGGCCUUGGAGUGCCUGGUGCGUCUGGCCUCGGUCCGCCACUACCUAUUCACAGGCGAGGCAGAGCGCCUCAAGUUCCUCUCGCACCUCAUGAGCGGCUCCACAGAGAUCCUGCGCUCCAAGCAGGGCCUGUCGCAGCACGACAAGUUGACACUCACGGAGAGCACCCCAGCCCCCGCCCUGGAGUGCCUGGCCCUGGAGUGCCUGGUGCGCCUAGCUUCAGUGCGUCGCUUGCUAUUCACAGGGGAAGCAGAGUGCCUCAAGUUCCUGUCGCACCUCAUGAACGGCUCCACGGAGAUCCUGCGUGCGCCGGUCACUCUUCACAGGGGAAGCAGAGCGCCUCAAGUUCCUGUCGCACCUCAUGAACUGCUCCACGGAGACCCUGUCCGCCUUUUUCUCCCCCUGCCCCUUGUCCUGCCGCCUUCUCCCCAUCUCUCUCCCCACUCCCGCCAGGCUUUGGAAUGCUUGGCUUUGGAAUGCUUGGUGCGUCUAGCCUCGGUCCGCCGGUCGCUCUUCACAGGCGAGGCAGAGCGCCUCAAGUUCCUCUCGCACCUCAUGAACGGUUCCACGGAGAUCCUGCGCUCCAAGCAGGGCCUGUCGCAGCACGACAACUACCAUGAGUACUGCCGCCUGCUGGGCCGCCUCAAGACCAACUACCAGCUGGCCGAGCUGGUGAACGCAGACAAUUAUGCCGAGUGGGUGCAGCUUGUAGCCGAGUUUACAAUCACCUCGCUGCAGUCCUGGCAGCUCGCUGAGCUGGUGAAUGCAGACAAUUAUGCCGAGUGGGUGCAGCUUGUAGCCGAGUUUACAAUCACCUCGCUGCAGUCCUGGCAGUGGGCGAGUGGCAGUGUGUAUUUCCUGCUGGGCCUCUGGUCGCGCCUGGUCUCCUCAAUGGCCUACACCAAGAGCGACUGCCCCAGCCUGCUCGACAACUUUGUGCCUCAGAUUACGGAGGCUUACAUAACAUCCCGCCUCGACUCCGUUCAGGCAGUGCUUCAGAACAACCUAUCAGAGGAUCCGCUGGACAACGACGAGCAGCUACAAGACCAGCUAGACAAUCUCCCCUACCUCUGCCGGUUCCAGUUUGACCGGACCAGCAAGUUCAUCAUCAGCCAUCUAGAGCCCAUCAUGCAGUCAUAUACGCCAGCUGUAGCAACGAGCAGCACAAACCAGGCAGCGCUACAGGUGAUGGAGAGCCAGAGCGUGUGUUUUGAGAAUUCUCAAAAAGCAGCGCUACAGCUGAUGGAGAGCCAGAGCGUGUGUUUUGAGAAUUCUCAAAAAGCAGCGCUACAGCUGAUGGAGAGCCAGAGCGUGUGUUUUGAGAAUUCUCAAAAAGCAGCGCUACAGCUGAUGGAGAGCCAGAGCGUGUGUUUUGAGAAUUCUCAAAAAGCAGCGCUACAGAAUACUUGCAGUGGCGAUUCACAGGAGCUGAUUGAUGGGGAGCUGGCAGCAAGGGUAUUGCAGCUCAUUCAAGUCACCGACACAGGACUCCAUGCACAGCGCUACGACGAGCGCAGCAAGCAGCGGUUGGAUUUCGCGCGCUACGACGAGCGCAGCAAGCAGCGGUUGGACCUGGCGGUGCUCUCCUUCUUUCAGAACUUCCGCCGCGUCUACGUGGGCGACCAGGCCAUGCACGCCUCCAAGGUGGACACCGUUGAGCCAUGCCUGGGUGCCAAGAUCCUCUAUGCCCGCCUGGCUGACCUACUGGGCUUGCAAGACCACCUGAUGGUUCUCAACGUGAUUGUAGCAAAGAUAGCCACCAACCUCAAGUGCUACACCAAGAGCGAGGACGUGAUCGAACAAACGUUGAACCUUUUCCAAGAGCUUGCAGGGGGCUACAUGAGUGGCAAGCUGCUGUUGAAACUGGACUCUGUCAAUUUUAUCCUAGCCAAUCACACAAGCGAGCACUUCCCCUUCCUGGACGAGCCGAGCAGCACGCGCAAUCGCACCAUCUUCUACUUCACCCUCACCCGCCUCCUCUUCAUGGAGGACUCGCCCCAGAAGUUUAAAGCCUUCGUGGCCCCUCUGCAGCUGCCAAGCAUCGUCUUGGGUACUUUCCACCAGCUGCCUUUCAACUGCCAGUCCAAUCGAUCAUGCCAUCGUCUACUUCACUCCCAACCCUCCCUCUCGCUGCACCGCACCCCUCAUCACCCCUCAUCACCCCUCACCACCCAGGUGUUCGUGAAGCUCGAGCCAAUGCCAGAUGCACCUUCCUGCAGCAAGCCAGUGUUUGUGAAGCUGGAGUCUAUGCCAGACGCCUCCUUCCGCACAGAGCCAGUCAAGUUCGCCCUCAUCGGCCUCUUCAGAGACUUGAGAGGAAUCACCAUGGCCACCAACAGCCGGCGCACGUUCGGGCUGCUGUUUGACUGGCUCUACCCCGCCCACAUGCCGCUCAUUCUGCGCACCGCCCAGUUCUGGUCCGACACCCCCGCGGUCACCACGCCGCUCCUCAAGUUCUUCGCCGAGUUUGUGGUCAACAAGACGCAGCGCCUCACCCGUUCCCCUGCCAUACCUCCCUUGUGUUCCCUUCCCUCCACCAGCCGGCGCACGUUCGGGCUGCUCUUUGACUGGCUGUACCCGGCCCACAUGCCGCUCAUUCUGCUCACCGCCCAGUUCUGGUCCGACACCCCCGCGGUCACCACGCCUCUCCUCAAGUUCUUUGCCGAAUUCGUGGUCAACAAGACGCAGCGCCUCACCUUUGACUCGUCGUCGCCAAAUGGCAUCCUGCUCUUCCGGGAAGCUUCCAAGCUGGUGGUGACGUACGGCAAGCACGCCCUUGCCAUGCCCACCGGCGCACACCCUUACACGGCCAAGUACAAGGGCGUGUGGAUCGCACUCACUGUGCUCACGAGAGCCCUGGCAGGGAACUACGUCAACUUUGGAGUCAUGGAGCUGUAUGGAGACACCGCCCUGCCCGAUGCUCUCGACGUGGCCCUCAAGCUCUGCCUCUCCAUCCCUCUGCCUGAAAUCAUGGCCUUCAGAAAGCUCGCCCGCGCAUAUUUCGCCUUCCUAGAGGUCCUCUGUCACAACCACACUCUCGUCAUCAUCAAUCUGCCCACUGCCACGUUCAGCCACCUGGUGGGGUCGCUGGAUACAGGGCUCAAGUGCCUUGAUGUUUCGAUCUCCUCACAGUGUGCCUCAGCAGUGGACAAUCUAGCAGCCUACUAUUUCAACAACGCCACGGCAGGGGAUGCCCUUUUCAGUCCAGCUGCUCUAAACUCUGUCCUCGCCUCCUUUUCCCCCCCACCACCCACGUCUCUCCAGUGUGCCUCAGCAGUGGACAAUCUAGCAGCCUACUAUUUCAACAACGUCACGGCAGGGGAUGCACCCUCCUCGCCUGCCGCUCUCACCAUCGCGCAACACUUGGCUGAGAGUGCAAGGGGUGGACUGGACCCACGCUGUCCCUCUGCCUUCAUCUCCUCUUCCGAGUUGACUUUUGAGUCGACUCAAAAGUCAACUCACAAUCCACUACUUGGCCAACUAGAGGAGUGCAAGGGGUGGACUGGACUGGACCCACGCUGUCCGUCUGCCUUCAUCUCCUCUUCCUCUCCUUGCCUUGCCUGCUCUGCUCUCUCCAUUCUUUCUGCUCUUGCUUCUCUUUCUGCUCUCUCUGCUCCCCCUGUUCUCCACGUGCUACCUCCAGAUCCUCAAGACGCUGUUCGAGAUCGUGUUAUUCGAGGACUGUGCCAACCAGUGGAGCCUCAGCAGACCCAUGCUCUCCCUUAUCCUGCCAUCGAAUCAGCGGAGUGCUUUGACAAGCUGAUGGCGGAUGUGGGGCGGAACCUCGACCCAAACCCCCGCUUGUCCCUCUCUCCCUAUCUCCCUAUCUCCCAGCCAUCGGACCAGCGGCCGCGCAUAGCGGAGUGCUUUGACAAGCUGAUGGCGGAUCCAUCGGAUCAGCGGCCGCGCAUAGCGGAGAACUUUGACAAGCUGAUGGCGGAUCGGCCGUGCAUAGCAGAGUGCUUUGACAAGCUGAUGGCGGAUGUGGGGCGGAACCUCGACCCAAACCCCCGCUUGUCCCUCUCUCCCUAUCUCCCUAUCUCCCAGCCAUCGGACCAGCGGCCGCGCAUAGCGGAGUGCUUUGACAAGCUGAUGGCGGAUGUGGGGCGGAACCUCGACGCAAACCCCCGCUUGUCCCUCUCUCCCUAUCUCCCUAUCUCCCAGCCAUCGGACCUGCGGCCGCGCAUAGCGGAGUGCUUUGACAAGCUGAUGGCGGAUCCAUCGGAUCAGCGGCCGCGCAUAGCGGAGUGCUUUGACAAGCUGAUGGCGGAUGUGGGGCGGAACCUCGACCCAAACCCCCGCUUGUCCCUCUCUCCCUAUCUCCCAGCCAUCGGAUCAGCGGCCGCGCAUAGCAGACCAUCGGAUCAGCGGCCGCGCAUAGCCGAGUGCUUUGACAAGCUGAUGGCGGAUGUGGGGCGGAACCUCGACCCCAAGAACCGAGACAAGUUCACUCAGAACCUAACCAUUUUCCGGCACGACUUCCGUGCUAAGUAA